CGAGUGGGUGCGGGAACAUAAAGGGGACCUUGUGGGAAAUGAGGAAUUUUGUUAUCCGGAGGGCUGGGAAGGGCCUGAGAGCUGUUUGUGCAGUGUGGGACCCUAUGGGGGCUGUGGCUUCUUGCCCUGAGGGAACGGAGCUGAAGGUAGCGCUGCCGGUGCCCAGCCAUGAUGCCCUUUGGUGGGAUGGCUGCCCGUCUGCAGAGGGACCGCCUGAGAGCCGAGGGGGUUGGCCAACACAACAAUGCCAUCAAGUACCUCAACCAGGACUAUGAGGCCCUCAAACAGGAGUGCAUUGAGAGCGGCACCCUCUUUAGGGACCCCCAGUUCCCAGCUGGCCCCUCUGCCCUUGGAUUCAAGGAGCUGGGGCCACACUCCAGCAAGACACGGGGGGUGGAGUGGAAGCGUCCGUCGGAAUUAGUGGAUGACCCUCAGUUUAUCGUUGGUGGUGCAACCCGGACAGACAUCUGCCAGGGGGCUCUGGGUGACUGCUGGCUGCUGGCUGCCAUUGGCUCCCUCACUCUCAACGAGGAGCUCUUGCACCGUGUGGUGCCCCAUGGGCAGAGCUUCCAGGAGGACUAUGCCGGCAUCUUCCACUUCCAGAUCUGGCAGUUUGGUGAAUGGGUGGACGUGGUGGUGGACGACCAGCUGCCCACCAAGGAUGGGGAGCUCCUGUUCGUGCACUCUGCAGAGUGCACCGAGUUCUGGAGUGCUCUGCUGGAGAAGGCCUAUGCCAAGCUGAACGGCUGCUACGAGGCGCUCUCAGGGGGCAGCACCACCGAGGGCUUUGAGGACUUCACUGGCGGUGUGGCAGAGAUGUAUGACCUCAAGCGGCCACCACGCAACAUGGGCCACAUCAUCCGCAAGGCGCUGGAGAGGGGGUCCCUGCUGGGCUGCUCCAUUGACAUCACAAGUGCCUUUGAUAUGGAAGCAGUGACCUUCAAGAAGCUAGUGAAGGGCCACGCUUAUUCUGUCACAGCCUUCAGAGACGUGAACUACCGGGGUCAGCAGGAACAGCUCAUCCGCAUCAGGAACCCCUGGGGUCAGGUGGAGUGGACCGGAGCCUGGAGCGAUGGCUCCUCCGAGUGGAACAACAUUGACCCUGGCGACAGGGAAGAGCUGCAGCUAAAGAUGGAAGAUGGAGAGUUCUGGAUGUCUUUCCGGGACUUCAUGAGGGAGUUCUCCAGGUUGGAGAUCUGCAACCUGACCCCCGAUGCCCUCACCAAGGACGAGCUCAGCAGGUGGCACACGCAGGUGUUCGAGGGCACAUGGCGCCGGGGGAGCACUGCCGGGGGCUGCAGGAAUCACCCAGCCACGUUCUGGAUCAAUCCCCAGUUUAAGAUCAAGCUGCUGGAAGAGGAUGAUGACCCUGGGGACGAUGAGGUGGCUUGCAGCUUCCUGGUGGCUCUGAUGCAGAAGCACCGGCGGCGGGAGCGGCGGGUGGGGGGCGACAUGCACACCAUCGGCUUUGCUGUCUACGAGGUUCCUGAGGAGGCCCAGGGCAGCCAGAACGUGCACUUGAAGAAGGACUUCUUCCUGCGAAACCAGUCGCGGGCACGGUCUGAGACCUUCAUCAACCUGCGGGAGGUGAGCAACCAGAUCCGGCUGCCCCCUGGCGAGUACAUCGUUGUGCCCUCCACCUUCGAGCCGCACAAGGAGGCCGACUUCGUCCUGCGGGUCUUCACCGAGAAGCAGUCGGACACGGCGGAGCUGGACGAGGAGAUCUCAGCAGAUUUGGCAGAUGAGGAGGAAAUAACUGAGGAUGACAUAGAGGAUGGCUUCAAGAACAUGUUCCAGCAGCUAGCAGGGGAGGACAUGGAAAUCAGCGUCUUCGAGCUCCGGACUAUUCUUAACAGAGUCAUCGCUAGACACAAAGAUCUGAAGACGGAUGGGUUCAGCCUGGACUCCUGCCGCAACAUGGUCAACCUGAUGGAUAAAGAUGGCAGUGCCCGCCUCGGACUGGUGGAGUUCCAGAUCCUGUGGAACAAGAUCCGGAGCUGGCUGACGAUCUUCCGCCAGCACGACCUGGAUAAGUCGGGCACCAUGAGCUCCUAUGAGAUGCGCAUGGCUCUGGAGUCAGCUGGUUUCAAGCUGAACAACAAGCUGCAUCAGGUGGUGGUGGCUCGCUAUGCAGAUGCUGACAUGGGUGUGGACUUCGACAACUUUGUCUGCUGCCUCGUGAAGCUGGAGGCCAUGUUCAGGUUCUUCCGCAGCAUGGACGCUGAAGGCACUGGCACUGCUGUCAUGAACCUCUCUGAGUGGCUGCUGCUGACGAUGUGCGGUUAGGAGCCACGACAGAUCCGCUGUGGCUGGGACACCCCAGCGGGCCAGGCCCCCUCCAAGUGCCUCCCCUUGGAUCUGUGGACACAGGAUACUCUUCCCCCUUUGCUCCAUCCCAUGCUGAGCCACCAGCCCUGCCUCCCAGCAAGCCCCGUGCCACCCUCUCCGGUGGACCAGGGGUCAAGGCAGGCGGGGGAUGCCCUUCUCCUCUUCUGGGCUAGGCUUCUUUCCACUCCCCCCCUCCUCUCUCCCCACCCCAGAACAGGAGGAGAGCAAGCAGCAUGGGGCGCAUGGGGUGCCUGUGCAUCCCUGCACCAAGCUUGGCGGGAGUGAAGGAGCAGGCUGGGGGCCCACUGUGAAACAGGGAGAGGCGGGAGCAGCAGGGGGAAGAAAGGGGGGACUUGUAUCACUUGCUCUAGUGCUGUCCCAUCCCCGCUGGCAUGCGUUGCCUAUCUCUGUGCACACUUGGGAGCGUCAGCAGUAACUGCCUCACUCAGGCAAAGGCAGUGGGUUCCCAGGGAGCCAGAGUGGCCUUCUGGGAGGAGGAAGGGCCAUACUCCUCUUCUUCAAGCCCUUGCACUGCACUUAUCACCACUAAGUAUGACCAAAGCAUGGAGCCCACUGGCUCUUACUGCGUGGCCUUCAACACAUCCCUCCCACCUCCAUGCCCCUGCCUUUGCCCCACCACUGGUCGAGCCCUGCAACUUAAGCACUGAAUGUUUGGGGGCUCCCCCACCAUGUGAACACAUGCCACCCUGUAGUGCAGCAGAAACUCCUCUCUUCCGAAUGGGCACAGCAAUGCCACCACUGUCACAGUGGCCUGACCUCCCCUUCCAUCCCUGGGAGCUCCUGGGGCAUCUGCUGCCCGUGCUUAGGGCCCACAGCAGGGCUGGAGGGGGGGCAGCAACCAAGAGGUGAUGCUUUCCCCCAAAGAGGAGGGGAUGGUGGCUUGAGGGGCUCUUCUCCUGCACACAGUUGGUUUUGUUUGUUUUUUUUUUUCCCUUUCCCUCACCCUCCCACACUGUUACACUCUCCUCUUCCCUUGGGCCCCUUUGCCCAGUGCAGAUGGACUCCCAUGCCAACAUAUUUGCACUUCUCUGUGCUCCUCCACUCCCCUCACCUUCUGGGGUAAUGGGGUGGCUCCAGCUUAGCGGUGGGCGACAGCCCAUCCUUUGCCCUGUAGAGGCAGGUAGGCAGGCAGUUAGCUUCCCCCAGAUCCCGUCAUCGCUGGAGGACGCACCUGCAGCAAUAACCACUGCUGCCCGCCCGGUAGCUCCGCUUCCUCACCCCGCUCGCUGCGCACACCGGGAAUAAACUGAGAUCUGUUGGA